AUGUCUGGCUACCAGUGUAUUACCGGAAUGCUAUACAAAGAGAUUGAAUUAGAUAUGAAAAACCACACGAAAACCCACAGAGUGUCGGAGCCGUACGACUCGCCCACACACGCGGGCGAAAUGUUUGCCAUUAGCCGCAAGUUUUUCCUGGAGUUAGGCGGCUAUGACUCCGGGCUGUUAGUCUGGGGCGGAGAGAACUUCGAGCUGUCGUUCAAAGUGUGGCAAUGCGGGGGUCGCCUACAAUGGGUGCCCUGUUAUUAUUAUUAUAUUAUUAUAUGGAUUUAG